GGAUGCUUUAAAUUUCAAUUAAACUUGUCAAAAUGUACAGCAAAACUAAACCCGGUGGGGCGGAAAAGUUAACCAAGGAGCAAAUCCAAGAACUGAGGGAAGCUUUUUCCCUGUUUGAUCGGAACGCAGAUGGAACGAUCACGGCCCGGGAUCUGGGAAUGGUGCUGAGAUCUCUAGGGAAAAAUGUUUCCGAUGCCGAGGUCGACGAGCUGCUCAAGGAUGUUAGCACCGAUGUUCAAGGGCGGAUCCAGUUCGGGGACUUCCUGGCCAUGAUGACGGUUCGGUUGAAGGAUUUCAACAACGAGGAGGAGCUGAAGGAAGCUUUCCGGAUUUUUGAUCGGGAUGGAAACGGGAUGAUCUCGGCCGAGGAGCUGAAGGUAGCCUUGAAAUCUUUCGGGGAGCAGCUUUCCGAUGAGGAAGUGGAAGAAUUGUUACGGGAGGCCGAUGUGAAUUGCGAUGGUCAAAUCGAUUACGAAGAGUUUGUGAGGAUGAUCACGUUGCCCUGACUUAUUAAUCAGUUCUUGUUAUUUGGUAACUAUAAAACUAUAAUUGUAUUUCUUCCAUUAACAGAUAUUAUUGAAAAAUAAAA